AUGCUCUCCAAAUUUCUGCGCAACAUACAGGACAGGGCUGAUUUUCUCCCCGAGAGCCUACAGUCUCCUUAUGCUCUGACCAUCCUCACCCUCCUGCUUGCCUUCUCCUUGAACUACGUCUUUGGAGUCAUAAACGCACUAUCAUCACCCCUUUCUCGCUUACCCGGACCUUGGUAUGCGCCUUUCACAACAUGGCAUCUCAAUUACGCUUUUGCUCGAGGUACAAUUUGGAAAAAAGUCGAACAGUGUCACAAGAAAUAUGGAUCAAUCUUCCGCCUUGGUCCUCGUCAUAUCUGGGUCUCUGAUAAGGAUGCCGUCAAGACCGUUCUGAUGACAUUAGACCUUCCCAAGGUCACAAUGUACGCUGAGAUCGCCAGGGAUCGAAAACAGCCUGGAUUGUUCGGAGAGAUUCGACCGGAUCCUCAUAAACAACUGAAAAAGCUCAUGUCACCUGCUUUCACUGUAGCUUACAUCGACGACCUCGAGUUUCUAUUCUCCGAGUGCGUUGGGGAUCUUAUCAAAAGUUACGUUGACAAGCUGUCAGCUUCUGAGUCUGCUGGAGGUAAUCGGCCGACGGUGACGGACUUGAUGAAGGAUUUUCAUAGUCUGGCACUCGACAUUAUGGGCGAGUGCUCCUUUGGCAAAGGAUUCGGCCAAACGAACCCGAAAAAGACAAUUGAGCCUGAUUUUGAUGAUAAAGUCUGGAAAAACAUACCCGCAGCAGUUUUCAGCGGCAUGUCACGAAGAUAUCAGUCUGGCAUCCAGCUUGUUUACAUCAAACGGGCCCUGAGAAGGUUCGGAAUCGAUCUUCGCUUUGAUUGGCCCAAAGAAAUGAUUUCAGCCAUCGCGGCGGUCACAAAGGGCAGAGCUGAGAGCAGCGAGAAUGCUCGUCCUGAUCUUCUCCAGCAUGUGAUUGAUGAAGGAAUCAGUCCCAACCGCGGCGACAAGAUGAGUACCAAAGAGAUCAUUGAUCAAAUGGCUGAACUUAUGCUUGCCGGAUCAGAAACCUCCGCCGGGACGAUGGCCAACCUUUUCUUGGAACUGAUGAGGAACCCAGAUGUCAAGGCUAAAUUGAUUAGCAGCCUGCCGGUCCUCAGUCCCGACGAUCCGAUCAUUUCAAGCAAGACGGUCAGGACGGCGCCGCAGUUUGAAUACCUUGAAGCAUGUAUUAAGGAAGCUCUUCGCCUACACCCGAUUGCAUCGGAAAUGGGACGGCGCACAGGUGAUUCUCCCAUAAACCUGAUGGGAUACGAUCUUCCACCCUACACGGUGGUAUCAGUCUCAUACAGAUAUCUUCAUCGUAACCCUGAGCAUUGGCCUGAGCCGCUACGAUUCUGGCCCGAAAGAUGGCUUGAGAGCCGCCCUGAAGAUGUUCCGCCGCCCGAUAUGCAAGCGUACUAUCCGUUCUCCGCGGGCAAACACACAUGUAUUGGAAAGAAUUUUGCCCACGCUGAGAUCAGAAUGGUCGCCGCAAACAUCCUUUCACGUUUCGAUGUGAAUGAGGUUCAAGGACAGCAGAUUGAUUACAGACAGUACAUCACGAUGCAAAUGGCCAAUGGAUCAUGCAAGGCUUACCUUUCGAGGCGGCAAAAAACUUGA